AACACGCGUUGCUUGGGGACUCGAAUAUUUACAAAACUACCGUGGCUAAGGCGUUGUCAUGGAUGUAUUUACACGUUUAACUUCAAUCAAACACCUUGACAAAUGAACUCAUAUCCCUUAUUUUUGAAAGGGAUUCGUAUUUUUUAAAAAUUCAACAUUAUGGAUUAUUAUAGUUGUUUUAAACAAAGUUUCAAUUGCGUAUAGACGUAGAGUCGAGGGCUUUUAGCAAAAUGGAGGAGUAUGAAUUGAGAAAACUUUUGCAGACGAAAAAUGGUUGUCGAAUACCAAAAAUGCCGCCUAUUCCAAAUGUUCGAAUUAUGGAAAAUUUGCCUUUUACGCCAACACCGCCUUACAAAAGAGCUAAGGAAAAAAGAGCUUAUUUCCGUCAAGCCGUUGAGGAGUGCGCAUCAAAGACUAAAAUGAAGAUCGCCCGCCCACCACCGCCGCUAGCACAGCUGCUGGAUUACGACCAAGCAGAACAAGAGCAGCUCAUUGCCACACUGAAGAAGAACGCCGAAAACGUUCAGCCACCGCCCAUGCUCAGAGCUUGGGAGAAAAAGAUCACUGCCCUCGUCUCUUCCAAACUACGCAACGCCUUCCCAACCCUCACCGAGGAACUCCUCAACGAAAGCAAAGACGAGUGGAACCUCCGCCUCCACGACUUAGCUGUCAAGACCAUCAUCAGAGAUGUGCCUGGAGUCCUACGUAAGAGGUAUGAAGAACCAUUUUUCAAAUUCAAGGGAAUUACAGAAAACCACGCGAAAAUGCUCAAGUUCCGAAAGAAGCUAGAAGACGGCGCCUUAAUCAUGCAUCCGUUUAUAAGACUUAUUCUUGAAUCAUCUGAAAAAACGUUUCCGACUGAGAUUAUCAAUAUGGCGAAAUAUCGAGACAAAGGACCGAUAGAUUUGGUUGUGUUUAGAACAAAGAUUAUGGACGAAAUCAGGCGGGCAGACCAUUUAGUGUCCAGUACUUGGUAUGCUAUACUCGUUCAGUGGCUAAAGAAUCCGAGAUGUUUAAAAGGCAUACACCCUAAAAGGAUCCCCCAGUUCGUUCGUUGUGCGACCAAAAUGAUAUCUAUGCAAAUACAGGAACUGAUGCGCAGAUCUGUUGAGGCAAUCAUUAAUGCCGUAAAAGAUAAAGAUUCCAUUCCAAUAAUAAACUUGAUUUUAGAUUUCAACAGAGAAUUUGUUUAUGAAGAAUCUCUAGAAACAGUGUUUGAAACUUAUCAUGAUAUAGUUAAUGCCAUAUGCUUAAUAGCUCAAAGAUUGAUGCCAAUAGAACAAUAUCUUAAUUUACCUUAUAACUUUGAUGCUCUACCGGUGCAAUAUAACGAGUGGUUAAAUAAAGAUGGACAUAUGAGGUUGCAAAAACAUUUAGAUAUCGUGUUUGAUCCACUCAUUCGGUAUUUAGAUAAACUUCGUCUAGAAUACAGUAUGCUAUAUGGACCAACAGCAAAAUCGGAGCUUUUACAAUUUAUAGAAGAUGCUGAAGAAUUUGAAGAGUUUCGAGAUAAGAUACUGUACUUUCAAAGUGUAGAUUCUGAUAUAACUGCAGUUGUGGAAAAUGCGUAUUUUAAUUGCGCAGUUGUCAGUCAGUUAAAAAUGAUAACUGGAUUAAAAAACAAGGCUUUGGAAUUUAUUAACGACAUUAUAGCAGGAAUAGUGAAAGCACACAGUGUCGAAAAUCUAAAUAUUUGUAACGAAUUCGAAAUAAUCAAAGAUAAAGCAAUGAAACAACCAAAAAAUGCAGCAGACUUGAUUGAACAAGGAGUUUACAUUACUCAUGCUAAAACAGUAUUGGUUGAAGCCCUGAAAGAAAGAAUAUCAAGACAAAUAAGUAUCGUUUCAAACCUGUUAGAAAUGACAUAUCUUACCGCUGAACACGUGAAAUCCAAUACACGAUGUGUGAACUGGUUGAAAGAUAUCAAGCCAAUAUUCGAGAAAAACGCUGCGGACUUCGAAGCAACUAAAAUGGAAAUGGAAGAUAAUCUGAUGAAUAAAAUAACUUACCUUAAUGAUGAAGUCUUGAAAAUGAUUCCUUAUUUAGAACUCCUUGACAACAUGGACGAUGUCAACAACACCUUAGAAUAUCUUGAAUAUUUACGUAAGUUUGCUUACCGCUUGAGUGACUGUGAUAAAGUAGUGUCAUGGAUAAACAAUGAAGAGAAAACGUUUAAAUUCCCAAUUACCCCUUUUGCUGAUUUAGAAGAAGUGAAAGACUUUAUAUUACCAUUCUAUAAUCUAGUUCAUUUAGUUCAUAGAUGGAAACGUAGCUACUAUACUUGGAUGGAUGGUACAUUCGAAUAUUUAGAUCACCUAGCAAUAGAACGAGACCACGACAUUUACUAUAAAGAAUUUUUAAAAUUGUCAAAAGAGUACAAAAAUAAAAUCAAGCAACAGAUUACCGAGGGAAAUGAAAGACGAUUUCAGGGAUUAGUCGAUGAUCCAGAUGUGAAUAAUCUUCCGGCUCCUAUGAAACUUUGUGCCCAAGCCAUAGCUGAGAUUAAGGAAUGGCGACCAAACGUACAAAUGGCUCAUAUCAUGUGCAAUAAAGCUUUGAUGCAAAGACAUUGGGAUGAAAUGUCUACAAUUGCUAAGUUUGACUUGACACCUAAUGCUGGCACCACCUUACGGAAAAUAAUCAAUUUUAAUAUAUGGGACGACCUUGACCAAUACGAAAUAAUAAGUAUAGCUGCAACAAAAGAAUUGGCACUGGUUACUAAUCUAAAUAAGAUGAUAGCUGAAUGGGACGAUAUAUGUUUCAAAACUAGUGAGUAUAAAGAUACUGGAAUACACAUUUUAUCUGGACUAGAUGAUAUCCAAUGUGUUUUAGAUGAACAUAUUGUUAAAACAAUAGCUAUGCGGGGUUCCGCCUUUGUUAAACCAUUUGUAACACAAGUAAAAGAGUGGUACGACAAAAUAGUCAGAAUAAAUGCAACUAUAGAAGAAUGGGGAAAGGUUCAAAGUCAAUGGUUGUACUUGCUGCCCAUUUUUUCCUCGAAGGAUAUUGUGGCACAAAUGCCAGAAGAACGAGUUAUGUUCGGUGAAGUUAACACUAUAUAUCGUCGAUACAUGGGGAUGGUUGACACUGAUCCUCAUGUCACUGAAAUCGCCGGAGGACUUGGAGUACUAGAAGUAUUUAAAAUUGCUUCUGGACUUUUAGAGAGAAUCAAUGAAGGGGUCAAUAACUACUUAGAAAAGAAGAGGCUUUACUUUCCAAGAUUCUUCUUUUUAUCCAAUGAUGAAAUGUUGGAAAUAUUAUCAGAAACUAAAAAUCCGCUCAAAGUGCAACCACAUUUGAAAAAAUGCUUUGAAGGGAUAAACAGAUUAGUAUUCGACCUGGAUUACAAUAUUUCAGCUAUGGUAUCAAUGGAAGGAGAACAAGUAGAGUUUCUCGAAAACAUAAAUGUACAAGCUGCAUGCGGAUCUGUAGAAAAAUGGCUUGUUCAGGUAGAAGAACAAAUGGUUAAAGCUGUUAAAAUGGAAACGGAAUUAUCUUAUGAUGAAUAUCCAAAUGUAGGACGUACUGAAUGGGUUUUAUCAUGGGAAGGAAUGGUCGUAUUAUCUAUAUCACAAAUUUACUGGGCUGUAGAUGUUCACGAAGCGCUUGAUACUCACAAACUAACUGUCCUUGAAACGUUUCACGAACGUUUGACAUAUCAACUCAACGAAACGGUCGCUAUAAUACGCCAAAGUGACUUAACGAAGCUGAACAGUAUAACUAUAAAAGCCCUUAUAGUUAUAGAUGUCCACGCAAAGGAUGUUAUAAAUGAGCUCAUUUCUAAAAACGUAACGGAGAUUACUGAUUUCCAGUGGUUAGCCCAGCUACGUUACUAUUGGGAAGAAGAAAGGGUUUAUGUAAGGAUUAUUAAUGCAGUAGUUAAUUAUGCUUACGAAUAUUUGGGAAAUUCUGACAGACUAGUAAUAACUCCACUGACGGAUAGGUGCUACCGUACCCUAAUAGGAGCUUAUUAUCUACAUUUAAAUGGUGCUCCUGAAGGACCUGCGGGUACCGGCAAAACAGAAACGACUAAAGAUUUGGCUAAGGCUUUAGCGGUUCAAUGCGUCGUGUUCAAUUGUUCUGAUGGCUUAGAUUACAAAGCUAUGGGAAAAUUCUUCAAAGGUCUGGCUUCGUGCGGUGCGUGGGCGUGUUUUGAUGAGUUCAACCGUAUAGAAGUGGAAGUAUUAUCCGUCAUAGCUCAACAAAUUUUAUGUAUUAUCCAAGCUGUGAGAGCAAAUUUAGAAACUUUUGUAUUUGAAGGAACGAAAUUGAUUUUAAACCCCGCUUGUUAUGUUUGCAUUACUAUGAAUCCAGGAUAUGCUGGUAGGUCCGAGUUGCCGGACAACCUAAAAGUUUUAUUUAGAACUGUAGCCAUGAUGGUCCCAGAUUAUGCGAUGAUAGGGGAAAUAUCUCUUUACUCUUUUGGGUUUAUAGACGCACGCCAUUUGUCAGUAAAAAUAGUUACCACGUACAAACUUUGUUCCGAACAACUCUCUUCCCAAAAUCAUUAUGAUUAUGGAAUGAGAGCUGUGAAAACAGUUUUAUCUGCUGCGGGGAAAUUAAAGAGGAGCUUUCCUAACGAAAAGGAAAGCAUUUUACUGCUAAGGUCAAUAACCGAUGUAAAUUUGCCGAAGUUCUUGUCGUUUGAUGUUCCAUUGUUUGAAGGUAUAAUAUCAGACUUGUUCCCUGACAUAACUUUACCAAAACCAGAUUAUGAUAAUUUUUUUAAAGCUUGUAACGAGACUUGCGAAUUAAAUAAUCUCCAACCAAUGGAUUGCUUUUUGAUGAAAGUUAUUCAAACGUAUGAAAUGAUGAUUGUUCGGCACGGGUUCAUGUUGGUCGGAGAUCCUUAUUCAGGAAAAACCAUGACAUUGAAAAUUCUUUCCGAAUCACUUACUUUAAUGCAUGAAAAAAAUCAACCGGGAGGCUGUGCAUGUACUUAUAAAGUAAUAAAUCCAAAGGCUGUAACAAUGGGACAGCUUUACGGAGCAUUUGAUCCAAUUUCGUAUGAAUGGACAGACGGUAUUGUUGCCACGAUGUUUAGAGAUUUCGCUUCAGAAGACACUCCGACCAGGAAAUGGAUUGUUUUUGAUGGCCCAGUAGAUGCUGUUUGGAUUGAGAAUAUGAACACUGUGCUAGACGAUAAUAAAAAACUAUGUCUAACUUCCGGGGAAGUCAUGGCCAUGACACAUGUAAUGUCAAUGAUAUUCGAAGUGAUGGAUCUUGCUCAAGCCUCGCCAGCUACGGUAUCAAGAUGUGGCAUGAUUUACAUGGAGUCGGUUACGCUCGGUUUUCGUCCAUUUUAUAAAUCCUGGAUAAAAACACUUAACUCCUAUUGGCUUGAAGACAACGAAAAAUUUAUUUACGAUAUGUGCGAAUGGCUUUUUGAGCCCAUGAUCUACUUUGUUCGAAAGAACUGUAGCCAGUUGGUUACAGCAGGGGAGGUCAAUUUAUUAAUGAGUACACUUCGUCUCAUUGAAAUGCUGAUGAACAAUGCUAUCGAAGGCGAAGAAGAUACAAAACAUACCAGAUGCUGGCUUCAAGCGUCUUUCAUCACUGCUUUGGUAUGGGGUGUAGGUGGAAUAUUGAAUAGUGAUUCCCGUGAAAAGUUUGACGAUCUUGUGAAGGAAUAUUUCAAAGGCGAAAGGGGAAUGCCGUUGCAAUUAGAUCGAUUCGAAGUAUCUAUUCCUCCCGAGGGCAUGCUCAUUGACCAUUAUUACGUUUAUAAGGGUAAAGGCUGCUGGAAGACGUGGUCCGAAGCUGUUAAGGCAGCUCAGGUUAAAGAACAAAUCAAUCUUUUGCAAACUGUUAUACCAACUCUUGAAACUGAGAAAUAUAUGUUUUUACUAAACCUGCAUACAAAAUUUGGCCAGCCGUUAUUGUUGAUUGGGCCGACGGGCACCGGGAAAAGUUUUUAUGUCCAAAAUUUUUUGAUGAAUAAAAUCGACAUGGAGAAGUACACCCCAGGUUUUAUAACGUUCACUACAACUACUUCGGCUAAUCAAACGCAAGAGUUGGUUAUAUCUAAGUUAGUGAAAAGAAGAAAUAAUAUGUAUGGUCCUACGAAAGGCAAAAAAGCAAUUAUAUUUAUAGAUGACAUGAAUAUGCCGGCUAAAGAAGAGUACGGCGCACAAGCGGCUAUAGAAUUACUUAGACUUUUCUUUGACCAGAAACAUUGGUACAAUUUAAAGACCACUAAAAAACUGUAUCUACUCGAUACACUUUUUUAUGGAGCUAUCGGCCCAGUUGGAGGCAGUCGGCAAUUGAUAUACCCAAGAAUGCUGCGCCAUUUCAAUAUUUAUUCAAUAAACGAAUUUUCUAAGGAAAGCAUGUCAAAAAUUUUUACCACUCUUCUUCAACUUGGCUGGAGAAAAAAUGGUUUCGGCCAAGACACACAGCCUGUUAUUGUAAAUAUAAUAGCAGCUACAAUGGAUAUUUACGACAAAGCUAGUGAGGGAUUGCGACCUACUCCUGCCAAAUCACAUUACGUCUUCAAUCUUAGAGACUUCUCAAGAGUCAUACAAGGUUGUACAUUAUUAAGAAAGGAAUCGGCUGAGAGCAAGAAGACAUUUACAAGGCUUUGGGUGCAUGAAAUUAUGCGUGUAUUUUAUGAUAGACUCGUAGACGAGGCAGACCGUUCUUGGUUUUACGAAGUUCUUAAAAAGUCUACUCGUGACUGCAUGAAAGAUGUAUUUGAAACUGCACUGGAUACAUACGCAAAUGAAGAAGGUCAAGUAACAGAAGAAAAUAUCAAAGAUAUGAUGUUUGGUUGCUAUUUAGACAUGGACAGUGUUGAAGGUGAAAGGCGUUACGAUGAACUGCCUUCAAAAGAAGCUUUUCUGAAUAUUGCAGAUGCAAUGUUAAACGAGUACAAUUCUAUGCACAAAGCAAAAAUGGAUAUAGUUUUAUUUGAUUAUGCAUUAGAACAUUUGUCAAGAAUAUGUCGUCUCUUAUCGAUGCCUUCUGGAAACGCUUUAUUAGUAGGGGUAGGCGGUUCGGGUCGCCAGUCAUUAACACGGCUAGCUUGUACAAUAUUAGGUCAAAAUGUUUACCAACCCGAGAUUACUAAAUCGUAUAAUGUUAAAGAUUGGCAUGGUGACAUAAAGUUAGUCCUUCGUGAAUCAGGCGGUCUCAAUAAAGAAACAACAUUUUUGUUCACUGAUAAUCAAAUAACUGAAGAAGUUUUCAUUCAGAAUUUAGACAGUCUGCUAAAUUCAGGCGAAGUACCUAAUCUAUACGGUCUAGAUGAAAAACAAGAAAUACUUGAGCUAGUACGUCUAGCAGCUCAAGGAGGAAACCGUAACUUAGACAUCAGUCCUCUGAAAAUUAUGGCUUUCUUUGUUGCAAGAUGCAAAACUAAACUACAUUGUGUAUUGUGCUUUAGUCCGAUUGGCAAUGCUUUUCGAACUCGAUUAAGACAUUAUCCAUCACUGGUAAACUGUUGCACUAUCGAUUGGUACGAUAGUUGGCCUGAAGACGCGUUGACUAUAGUAGCUCAUCAUUAUAUGGGAAAAGUGAAUGUGCCUGAUCAAGCAAAAUCUGCUGCUGUUAUAGCUUGUAAGCAAUUUCAUGUUGAUGCCCGACAUAUUUCAAAAGAAUUUUAUAGUAAGUAUGGCAGAAAAACGUACAUAACAUCUGCUUCUUACUUAGAUUUGAUCAAGUCCUUCACGACGUUGACGAAUAAAAAACAAAGAGAGCUGAAGGCAGCCAAGCUCAGAUAUAUGAAUGGUUUGGAUAAACUUAGCCAAGCAGCUGAUGCUGUAGGAAUCAUGCAGAGUGAUUUGAAUGAACUAAAACCUCGACUCAUUAUCAUGGCCGAAAAAUCAGCCAAAAUGAUGGAAGAAAUAGAAACGGAAACUCAGAGUGCUGACAAAGCUGCUGCACAAGUAAGAGCUGAUCAAAAAGUUGCUAACGUACAAGCAGCGGCUGCGCAAGAACUUAAGAAAGAUUGUGAGGCUGAUUUAGCUCUUGCUUUACCGAUAUUAGAGGAUGCUAUUGCGGCUUUAAAUACCCUUAAACCUGCUGAUAUUACUAUCGUUAAAUCAAUGAAGAACCCCCCAGCCACUGUCAAAUUGGUCAUGGCUGCAGUUUGCGCCAUGAAAGGUAUACCUCCCGAUAAAAUUCCAGAUCCUGACAAUCCUGGCAAAAAAAUACUGGAUUACUGGGGGCCGAGUAAGAGGAUAUUAGGCGAUAUGAGCUUUUUAGAGUCUCUGAAAAACUUCGAUAAGGAUAAUAUACCCAUUGAGACCAUGAAAAAAAUUAGAAAAGAUUAUCUUUCUAAUAAAGACUUUAAGCCCCAUAUUAUUGCUAAAGCUUCUACGGCCGCUGAAGGAUUGUGCAAAUGGAUAAUUGCUAUGGAUAUGUAUGAUGCUGUUGCUAAAGUGGUAGCCCCAAAAAAAGCUAAAUUAAAUGCAGCUGAAAAAGAGUUUGCUGAAACUAUGGCUAUAUUAGAAGAGAAGAAGGCGACAGUUGCUCGUUUAGAAGCUAAGCUAGCUGAAUUACAUAAAUCGUUAACAGAAGCCAAUAUUCAAAAGAAAGCACUGGAAGACGAAGUGCAGUUAUGUAUAGAUAAACUUUGUAGAGCCGAAAAAUUGCUAGGUGGAUUAGGAGGAGAAAAAGUGCGUUGGACGACAGCCGCAGAAAAUUUACAACUAUUGUUUGACAAUUUAGCGGGAGACAUAUUAGUUUCCUGUGGAAUAAUUGCCUAUUUAGCGCCUUAUACCUUACCGGUGAGGGCUGAAAUGACUGAAAAAUGGUUUCAAUUGAUAAUCCAACUGGAAAUGCCGCAUUCGGAUGUUUAUGUCCUGAAAAACGUUUUAGGUUCUAGUAUCAAAAUACAAAAUUGGUGCAUUGCAGGAUUACCUAGAGAUGCAUUCUCCAUUGACAAUGGUAUUAUUUUAGAUAAUUCCCUAAGAUGGUCCUUACUAGUAGAUCCUCAAGGGCAAGCGAAUAAAUGGAUAAAAAAUAUGGAAAAAUCAAAUGAUCUCCAAGUAUUAAAAUUCACUGAUGAUAAUUACAUGAAAGUAAUAGAAACAUCUUUAGAGUACGGCAAACCUGUUUUAUUUGAUUGCAUAUUAGAAGACAUAGAGGCACCUUUAGAUCCGAUAUUAUUAAAACAGACGUAUAAGCAAGGUGGCAAAGAGUUUAUUUCAUUAGGUGACAAUAUCAUAGAAUAUCAUUCCAAUUUCAGGCUAUACAUGACUACAAAACUAAGGAACCCUCACUAUUUGCCUGAUGUUUUUAAUAAAGUGACUUUAAUUAAUUUUGCUUUGACGAAAGACGGUUUGGAGGAUCAAUUACUUGGAAUAGUCGUAGCUAAAGAACGUCCUGAUUUGCAAGACAAACGCGAAAAACUUAUAGUUCAAGGCGCAGCUAAUAAAAGUGCUUUAAAGCAAGUGGAAGAUGACAUUUUACGCACUUUGCAGGAAUCGAAAGGUGAUAUUUUAGAGGAUGAAACUGCAAUUGAAGUUUUGGAUUCAUCCAAAUUAUUAGCAAUUGAUAUUAUGAAAAAACAAGAAGCAAGCGUUGAAACUGAACGUGCGAUUGAAAAGUUUCGGCUUGGUUAUAAACCGAUUGCUUCACAUUCAGCCGUGUUGUAUUAUUGUGUCACAGAACUGCCAAACGUAGACCCCAUGUAUCAAUAUUCAUUGACUUGGUAUAUUAAUCUUUACAUUUCAUCAAUCGAGCGUGCAAAUAAGUCUAAAGUUUUAGAAAGGAGAUUACAUUUUCUAAAAGAUACAUUUACUUAUAAUUUGUACAAAAAUGUUUGCCGGUCAUUGUUCGAUAAAGAUAAACUAAUGUUUUCAUUUAUAAUAUGCUCUAAAUUAAUGUUGUCUAGAGGUGAUAUAGAUCAUGACGAAUAUAUCUUUUUAAUAACUGGAGGAAUUGCCGUUAAUAAUCCUUUGAAGAAGCCUGCUGAAUGGCUUACAGAUAAAGCCUGGGACGAGAUAUGUCGAAUCGAUGACUUACCUUCCUACCGUGGAAUAAGAGGCGAUUUAAUGAGCUCUAUAACUUCAUGGAAAACAAUUUACGACGACAUGCACCCACAGAAUAAGCCUUUGCCAGACCAAUGGAAUCAGGCGUUAACCGAUUUUCAGAGAUUGUUAAUAAUCAGAGUUUUACGACCUGAUAAAUUAACCAUUGCCAUUUCUAAAUUUGUGGAGAAACAAUUAGGGCCCAAGUAUGUUACACCUCCUCCUUUUGAUAUUGCAAAAUCAUACGGGGACUCCAACUUUUUUACUCCACUAAUCUUCAUUCUAUCUCCUGGUUCGGAUCCCAUGGAUGCUCUAAUGAAAUAUUGUGAGAAAUCAGGAUAUACAAAUCGGUUUAAUUCGAUAUCAUUGGGUCAAGGACAGGGACCAAUCGCAACGGCAAUGAUAGAAAAGGCACAAUUGGAAGGUGGCUGGGUAUGCUUACAGAACUGCCACUUAGCUACAUCCUGGCUUCCGGCUCUUGAAGACAUAGUUGAAAGUUUUGACUUGACUAACACUGAUUUAAGCUUUAGACUCUGGCUGACAAGUUACCCGUCUGACAAAUUCCCUCAAUCGAUUCUACAAGUCGGUGUGAAAAUGACUAACGAACCUCCAACUGGACUCCAACACAACCUGAAUCGGUCUUAUAAUUCAGAACCAUUAAAAGAACCUCAAUUUUUUGAAGGCUGCCAAGGAAAAGAUAGAACUUUCAGUAAACUUUUAUACGGGAUAAGUUUUUUCCAUGCGGUAGUACAGGAGAGAAAAAAGUUCGGUCCAUUAGGAUGGAAUAUUCAAUAUGGUUUCAAUGACUCCGAUUUCCAAAUAUCCGUUAUGCAGUUACAGAUGUUUUUGAAUCAGUAUGAAGACAUUCAAUAUGUGGCAAUAAAAUAUUUGACUGGAGAAUGUAACUAUGGGGGUCGAGUCACUGAUGAUUGGGAUAGACGUCUAAUAAAUACACUUUUAGAUGACUAUGUCAAUUCUGGGGUGGUAAGCGAUCCGAACCAUACUUUUUGUGAUAUUGGGCCUCAGUAUGGUUUGCCCCGGAGAUGUGAAUAUCAGGACUAUUUGAAACACAUAGAGACAGUUCCUGUGAAUCCUCCGCCAGAAAUUUAUGGGUUGAACAUGAAUGCAGGAAUCACUCGAGACUAUUCUAUAUCCGUGGGACUGACAGAAGCGUUAGUGCUUGUUGAGGGCACAGGAACCGGUGGAGAAGGUGGAAAUACGGAAGUAAUAUUAGUCCACAUGUCUUUAGAAGUUUUGUCCAAGCUUCCCGAGAUGUUCGAUAUAGAGUUGGCACAGAAAAAAUAUCCAGUCGAUUACAGUGAGUCUGUGAACACUGUGCUGGUCCAGGAAAUGCAAAGAUUUAACAAACUGAUAAAUGAAAUCAAAGAGUCACUGCUAGAUUUACAAAAAGCGCUAAAAGGCCUUAUUGUAAUGUCACCAGCUCUAGAGCAUCAAGCCACUGCGAUGCUGCUCGGUAAAAUACCAGAAAACUGGCGCAAUGUCUCCUAUCCUAGCUUAAAACCACUACCUAGUUAUGUUACGGAUCUUACAGAGAGACUCAAGAUGUUGAAAAACUGGUAUGAUAACGGUAAGCCUACGACGUUUUGGCUUUCUGGUUUCUUUUUCACUCAGGCUUUUCUUACGGGAUCAAUGCAAAAUUAUGCUAGAGCGAAGAAGAUUCCGAUAGACUUACUGGUAUUCGAUUUCGAAGUUCGUAAUGUUGAUUUUGAACAUGACUCUCCUAAAGUAGGAGUGUACGUAGCAGGGCUUUUUAUGGAUGGCGGUCGCUGGGACCGUAAAACUAACACUAUUGCCGAGCAAUUUCCUAAAGUUUUAAAUGACAAUUUGCCUGCGAUUUGGCUGUACCCAAAAUUAAAGUCAAAGUUUGAGGAGGGAUCGCGGUAUAAAUGCCCUCUUUAUAAAACUUUAGAAAGGAAGGGGGUGUUAGCGACCACUGGGCAUUCAUCUAAUUUUGUGUUAGCGUUUUUCUUGCCAUCUGAUAAACCUUCUGCUCAUUGGAUCAAACGAAGCGUUGCUCUGUUAUUACAAUUGGAUAAUUAG